AUGAGGGAAAGCAGCUUGUGUGCUGUCAUCGGGACGGGGCGCUCACAACUUGGAAUCUCACACAAACCUCUCCCAGACCCACCUCUAAUAUCUUCCACCACGAUUUGGCCAGGAGAGAUCUGGCCUCCGUUAAGUCAUCAUCAGGUUUGGCCAGGGGAGAUUUGGCCUAAGUUUAGUCAAUAUCAGGUUUGGCCAGGAGAGAUUUGGCCUAAAUUUAGUCAAUAUCAGGUGUGGCCAGGGGAGAUUUGGCCUCCGUUAAUUCAUCAUCAGGUUUGGCCAGGAGAGAUUUGGCCUUUUAGUCAUCAUCAGGUUUGGUCAUGGGAGAUUUGGCCUAAGUUUAGUCAAUAUCAGGUUUGGCCAGGGGAAAUUUGGCCUAAAUUUAGUCAAUAUCAGGUUUGGCCAGGGGAGAUUUGGCCUCCGUUUAGUCAAUAUCAGGUUUGGCCUGGGGAGAUCUGGCCUUUUUGUCAUCAGCAGGUAUGGCCAGGGGAGAUAUGGCCUUUUAAUCAUCAUCAGGUUUGGCCAGGGGAGAUCUGGCCUCCGUUAAGUCAUCAUCAGUUGUGGCCAUGGGAGAUUUGGCCUAAGUUUAGUCAAUAUCAGGUUUGGCCAGGGGAGAUUUGGCCUCCGUUAAAUCAUCGUCAGGUUUGGCCAGGGGAGAUUUGGCCUCCGUUAAGUCAUCAUCAGGUUUGGCCAGGGGAGAUUUGGCCUCCUUUUAGUCAAUAUCAGGUUUGGCCAGGGGAGAUCUGGCCUCUUUGUCAUCAUCAGGUAUGGCCAGGGGAGAUUUGGCCAUUUAAUCAUCAUCAGGUUUGGCCAGGGGAGAUCUGGCCUCCGUUAAGUCAUCAUCAGGUUUGGCCAGGGGAGAUUUGGCCUCCGUUUAGUCAAUAUCAGGUGUGGCCAGGGGAGAUUUGGCCUUCAGUUAGUCAAUAUCAGGUUUGGCCAGGGGAGAUCUGGCCUCUUUGUCAUCAUCAGGUAUGGCCAGGGGAGAUUUGGCCUUUUAGUCAUCAUCAGGUUUGGCCAGGGGAGAUCUGGCAUCCAUUAAGUCAUCAUCAGGUUUGGCCAGGGGAGAUUUGGCCUCCGUUUAGUCAAUAUCACGUUUUGGCCAGGGGUGAUUUGGCCUCUGUUUAAUCAAUAUCAGGUUUUGACCAGGGGAGAUCUGGCCUAAGUUUAGUCAAUAUCAGGUUUGGCCAGGGGAGAUUUGGCCUUUUUCUCAUCAUCAGGUAUGGCCAGGGGAGAUUUGGCCUUUUAGUCAUCAUCAUGUUUGGCCAGGGAAGAUUUGGCCUCCGUUAAGUCAUCAUCAGGUUUGGCCAGGGGAGAUUUGGCCGCAGUUUAGUGAAUAUCAGAUUUGGCCAGGGGAGAUUUGGCCUCCGUUAAGUCAUCAUCAAUGUUUAGUCGCCAUUAAGUUGGUGGCUUGGCAGGCAGGGUGCUCCAACACGGGAGCGUCGCCCUGCCCCUGUGGUGCUUUGCUCUUCUUGGCGCGCCAGAGGCGGGCCUGCUCUCGGCCCUUCCGGGCGGCCUCGGCUCUGCACCGGGCCACCCGCUUCUGCACCUCGGUGAGCUGCUGGGUCUUGCUGUAGUCAAAUCGUUCGCCGUAAAGUACAAUUUUUAAUCUUGAUUGUUUUAUUUAAUGAUCGAAAAGACAACUGAAAUGGGAAAGUGUGAAAAAAUUAAGAAGGAGGAUGAAAAGAUAGUGAAGAGAAUAAAAGAUAAGGGAAAGUAUAAACACAGUAUGAUAACAAAAUUAAAAGCACUAAACGAACACAACCAAAAAAACAAUGUCAAUCAAAUCAAACAAUAAUACGAAAGACUCGAAAAAAAAAAAAAAACACUUGCGUGAACUGUAAAAACAAUCACAAACCUUAACUAUAAGGAUCUCAAGAAGACACUUAAAGAAACACAGCCCCUCAGAAAACAUUCCGGUGUGUGUUGAGGGAAGGAAACGGAGAGGAGGGAGUAAACAGCGUCAAUUCCCGAUGAGAUGACGAGAACACGCUUGGUAAAAAGGACACGCACAUCACAAAUAGGCUUCCGGCGUCUUUGGGUCUCGUCCUCCUUCGAUCACCCGACAUCAAGCGCCUUCCUCAAUCGGAUUUUGAAUUUCUGGCGCGACCUUUGAAUCCUUAGGGGAGAAAAUAAGUGUGCCGCAUCAAGAUCAAGAGCAGAGACAAUACAGGGCAAGGCUGUGUGGCAAGGUAGAGGCCAAUAACACUCCCAGUCACGUCAACAGAGAGAGAGAGAGAGAGAGAGAGAGAGAGAGAGAGAGAGAGAGAGAGAGAGAGAGAGAGAGAGAGAGAGAGAGAGAAGGCAGGGAAAAAGAAUAUAGAAGAAGAAGAAGAAAGAAAAAAGAAGAAAAAUGAAGAAGAAAGGAAGAUGUAAGGAAGGGUGAAAAUGGAGUAUGAGAGUAAUCUAAAGAAAAGAAAGAAAAUGAAGAGGGGAAUGGAUGAAAAGGAAAAGGGAGGAAGAGAAGGAAGGGAGAAGAGAAGAAGGUGGAUAAAUUAGGAAAUAAGACAGAACUGGAAAAAAGAAAGGAAUAAAGGAACGAAAGAAAGGAGAAAGGAGAAUUAGAAAGUAAGUAAAUAAAUGGAACAAA